AUGUCGGCCACUAUCCACCAACCUAUCCAUCCUUCCAUGCUCCCUCGGCUCGAUGCGGAAUACAUCGAGUUUCACAACACUGCCCUUGCAACAAUUGUCCCGCCCCACACUCUUCCAUGGGAUCCGGCUUUGCGGAAUUCACCAGCAGUUCCUGGGGGCUCUCAACCCUUGCCAGUUGGAAGCACUCAAGAUAUAGACCUGACUCACACUAAGUUCCGUGCGUUUACUCCGGAAGGUAGCGCACCAGCGAAUGGAUGGCCGUGCUUCAUAUUCUUCCAUGGCGGCGGAUGGACAUUCGGGAAUAUCAGCUCAGAGAAUUCAUUCUCAACCAACAUGUGUGUCCGCGCCAAGUGUGUUGUCAUUUCAGUCGACUACCGACUUGCACCCGAGCACAAGUACCCUACCGCUGUGGAUGAUGCCGUAGAAUCGCUGGAUUGGGUCAUCAAGAAUGGCAAGACAGUCCUGAAUAUCGACACGUCCAAGAUUGCCGUCGGCGGUUCUUCCAGCGGUGGGAAUCUCGCAGCAAUAUUGGCCAUGAAAGCCGCUGAAGCAUCCCCACCGAUCCCACUUAUUUUCCAGCUGCUCAUAGUGCCAGUGACUGAUAACACCGCAACCGUAGAAAAUCGCUGGGCCAAGAAUGAGCUCACUCCAUGGCUCAGCCCAGCACGCAUGCUUUGGUUCCGCGACAAUUACUUGCCCAACAAGCAGGACUACACGAAAUGGGAUGCAUCACCUAUUUUCGCACCAGACGCGUUGUUGGCCAAGGUUCCUAAAACAUGGAUUGCGGUUUGCGAAUGUGACAUUCUGGCUGACGAAGGGAUUGCGUUUGGAGAGAAGCUCACUGCGGCUGGUGUUCACGUCGAAGUCGAGGUUUACAAAGGAGCACCACAUCCGAUCAUGGCUAUGGAUGGGUAA